CCUGGCUUUUUCGUGUGCAUUCGACCGUUCGAAUGUUCUAAGGGUUGAUUUUUCGCACUCUGGCGAAGGACGCGUGAAAUGCAACACGUAAAUUGAACUCAACGACAUCUAGUUGCUGCCGAAGUAGGUAAUUGAGCAUCAGCUGGGAAGUCAGCUGUGUUUCUGUCGUGUCUUGGACAUAAAUAUUAUACUCGAAUAAUACGUAUACCACCAUUAGAUAUAGAGUAAACAAGCGUUUAAAUACAUUCAUCUGUGAUUUUGUAAUUUUAUUUAUGCGGAAUUCUAUGAAAACACUAUUUGGAAUGAUUAUUUAAACGAAAGUCUCGUUGAGCAGGCCUACGUAGAAAACCAUGAAGACCUUGCGACGUAAGGCGGUGCGUACAUGUCAAUGACGAUUUUGUUUAAUACCACUCAUUCGAGCUCCAGCUGCCGAACUUUUUCACCUUUCUCGCGUGAUGUUAUUUACUACUAUGAGCUAUAUUCAGCUGCAGUAAUGGAGAACAACGACCGACGCAAAAAAGAAGUAACCGCAUCGGGCAACAAAUGACUUUUUUUUAAAAAAAACAUUUAAAACAUUUGUUUCAGGUACAGUGAAAGAAAAUUUCUACGAAGUUAUAACUACAGUUGUUUUUGUCAAAAUGGGUGGUGCUGUUAGUGCUGGAGAAGAUAAUGAUGAACUUAUUGAUAAUUUACUUGAAGCUGAUUACAUAAAAAGCCCAUGUGUAGAACGUGUUUUUCGGGCUGUAGAUCGGGCUCAUUAUUUUACCCCUGAGUUUCAAGACAAUGCUUACAAGGACUUAGCAUGGAAAAGUGGCAAUUUACAUUUAUCAGCCCCAUGCAUAUAUAGUGAAGUAAUGGAAAGUUUAUGUCUCUCUCCUGGACUGAGUUUCUUAAAUUUAGGUUCAGGAACCGGUUAUUUGAGUACUAUGGCAGGUUUAAUACUGGGUCCAUAUGGUACAAAUCAUGGUAUAGAAAUCCAUCAAGAUGUUGUUAAUUAUGCAAUUUGUAAAUUAGAGGAAUUUAAAAAAACAUCUACUGCUCUGGAUGAAUAUGAAUUCUGUGAACCAAAAUUCAUAAAUGGUAAUUGUUUGAAUCUUGGGUCUGAUGUACAUCAGUACGAUAGAGUGUAUUGUGGUGCUGCUUGUCCUGAAAACCAUGAAAACUACAUGAAGAAUCUCAUAAAGAUUGGUGGUAUUUUGGUUAUGCCUCUAAAUGAUCAACUUCUUCAAAUUACUCGGACAUCAGAAACAAGCUGGGAUGCUAAAUCAGUUCUUCCAGUUUCCUUUGCUCCAUUGUUGCAACCUGAACAAAAUGGUUUGAAAGGGCUCAUUCUUCUCCCUGACAGUGAGCCCUUGUCUUUGCAAGAUGCUUGCCGGUCAUCAAUUCGAAACAUUUUACGUCGCAACAUCGAAGUGGAACAUCCAUCUGUUAAAAAUAGGCGGCGACGUGUGCCUAGAAAAAAGAUGAAGAAAAGAGCUUUAAGACGCUUUGUAAUUCCAAUCUUUGAGGAGUCGGAUGAUGAAAAUUUUGGGCCAGUCAUCACUGAUGAUGAGGAGGUAGGCGAAAGAGUUGGGGAAAGGGGAGGUCUUAUUUAUGAUGUUCAAAGAGAACGUGUUGGUCAAAUCACUGCUGUAAUUGAACUUGGCCGCACACGACCUGCCAGUCAUCGCCAGAAUACAACUCAAAACCCUUCUGUGCUGGAUGAUGAGGCACCACAAACGGCUCCAAUUCUUCCAUCUAUUUCAUCUGAUGAACAAAAAGAAACCACUCAGAGUGUUGCUAGCAGAUCAGAACAAGUUGAAAAAACAUCUAGCCAUGAAGAUGAAAAUAAAGACAUGAUGAUGGUGCUCGAAACAACACAAGAAGACACUGAUCUCAAAACACAUGAACAAGAUCCUUUAGAAAAUUCAGCUUCCCAAGAAUUGGAUUCGCAGAUUACCAAUAAUGAUGAAAUUAUGAAUGUUAUGGGUCCUCGCAAAAAGAUACCUAAAAGAAAGAAGUCUGAUAGUGGUGUAGGGGAUGAAAUAGAAAAUGGAAAAGGUCUGAGUUCUGACUCUGAUCAUGAAGAAGAUAGAACAUAUAUGGAAAUAGAUUCUGAUUCAGAUUUUUCGGAUGCAGUGCCUGCUGUGAAGAGAACAUAUCAAUCUGAUGCAAGUGGUCAGGGAAGCAUGGAACAAAUGGACAAAGCAGAUUCUGAUCCCACCCAGGAUGAUGAUGUUCGCAGACCACCACAGAGAAGAGAAGGCCGACGUCCAAGAGAAGCUGUGAUCUGGAAGAGACUUGCUUUUGCUGCUGCUGAUGAUGAGAGUGAUGAAAAGUCGGAAGAUUCAGCUGAUGCUGCAACAGAUCCAACAAUGGACACUCAAUCUGAAUCUGAUGAUACACACUCUUACAUUGCAUUUAAUGUAUGCCUUGGAAGUGGCCAACAUCAGUCGAGUUGCAGAGUUAAUGUCAUAUCAAUGGCGGCUCCUGUUUCUUCUCUAUCUACUUCAUGUGAAGUAGUUUCAAAAAUUGGCGAAAGCAAUUCUGCUGAAAUUGAGGCAGUUGUGACUGCAGGUCAUGCAGUUACUGGAACAGGGGCACAACAACAACAAUCUGGUACUCGCAUGGUUCCAUUGCUAUACAUCCAAGGACCUCCAACAUCAAUGAGAAUGGGUACUAAUUCAGUUACAACGCCUUCAGGAGCAAUCACUAGUACUGCCGGAGCACAGAAAAUAUCCAACACAGUACGUUCAGGAUCAACUUUAGUUGCGGCAGGCACACAGUUCAUUCCUGCUCUUAAUCCCAAACUCGGUGUCACGCAAGUUAUCAACUCAACAACAUCUGCAACUACUGCCGUGGUUAAUAAAUCAACAGCCAACUCUUCAAGUGGGCCCACUCAGCAACAUUUUGUAAUACAAGCUCCUAGAAAUUCUAUUUCUGGUACCUCUGGUACACCAACAAUUGUUCCAGUAUCUGGUAAAUCAACAAUUGCAUAUUUAGGCACUAUUAUUAAACCAGGUGUUGGAAAAACUGGAGAAGGUCAAAUUGUUCUUCCAGCUGGACAAAUUAUGCAAAAUUCCAAUCAAAAAUUGCUUUUGGCUAAUGUUCCUUUGCCAUUACCUCAAUUGACUUCUGCUCCUGUAGCAUCUGGAACUAAUACAUCAGUUUCACAGCAAGCAGCUACCAACAAAGUUACAAGUUUACUUGUCCCAAUGACUAUUCCUACUCAAAGUGGUACCAACAAAGGAGGAAUGAUCAAUUUGAAAAUUGCCAAUGGACAAAUCCAUGCAGAAGGCGGUGGUAAAAGUUCUGUUACUUUUGUGAGAGAAAAACCUUUAUCUGCAUCUACUUCAGGUCAAUUACCACCAUUGCAACCUAUUGCUAAACUAGCUCCAAAAACUGUUACAAAAAGCAAUGGAAUACUACUUACAGAUGCCACUUUAACACCCAUAAAUCCAGCAGUUCUUUCUAAACAUAAAAAGCCUAUUUUAGAUUCAGAAACUGAAAUUGAGAAUGCAAAAAAUCACAAGGCUGAAGAGAAAAAGAAGAGGAGUCAGGAUCUCAGUAAGUGUCUUCAAGAAGCAGUUGAUGCUAUAUUUUCUUCAAGUCCAAAAAAGGAGGAUGAUCAGGAAAUGCACGAUUUACAAGAAGAAGAAAAGAUGGAUAUCAAAGAAGUUAAAGAAGUUCAGGAUGCCAAAAACUCUAAUGACACUAAUUUUGUCACUGACAUAAAAGAUAUUAUUGACACUAGAGAUCAAAAGUGUGUACAUGAGUUUAAAGAAAAUAAGGAAUUAAGAAAUAGAGAUAUCAGAGACAUUGAAGGAAGGAAAAAUUCUAGCAAAAGAGAUGAAGAUGAAGUAACAUUAAUAAAAGUACUGCCGACAAAAGUCGAGGAGCCUAAAAGGCACAUACCAGAUGAUGAUGAUGUGAAAAUUGAACUCAUAAGACCUGAUCUCAAACCAUCAGAACAUAUCAAUGACAUCAAUAGUGAAGACUUUGAUCCUAUGAAUGCUUUAGAAUGGAAAGAUGGCAUUGGAACUCUACCUGGUAGUGCAUUGAAGUUUCGGAUGAAUGAGUUUGGUAUGAUGGAGAUGGUUGAUAAUGAUAGUGAUAGAAAAAAUUCUUGUUAUGAAACAAUUGAAAAUACUAAAGAUGAAGAGCAAUGUGAAGUAGUGAGUUUGGAGGAAGAACCACCUUCUGAGUUAGACGCUGACAUAAGGAAAGAAAAUAAAGAUGAUCUAAAGAAAGAUAAAGUCCCAGAAGAAAAACAACUUCGAAAACCAGGCACAUCUGAUGACAUUUACUAUUGUGAAGGCUGUGGUUGUUAUGGUUUAUCAUCAGAAUUCAUUAACACUCGAUUCUGUAGCUCUACUUGUAUUUCCACCUUCACACGCAAGAAAGCAGCUCAGACUAAGCGUGAGCGUGAACUACUUCAAUUACGGCUAAGACGCCGCAAAAAACGACUUAUACAGUUACUUCAACUACAAAAGGCUCAGCAGGAACGAGAUGAUAAUCCAGAGAAGAAAGAAGAGUCUCCACCCUCGCCUCCCCCUCCACCUCCACCACCUCCCCCACCACCUCCACCUCCUGUAUUACCCCUACCCCUUGCACCUCCAGUAGUCAGUUCCACCACUCCUUGCCCAGAAGAUGAUAAUUCAUCCAGUGAUGGAUCUCAGCUGUGCAUUUUGCAAACUCGUUUGCCAUGGCAGAUGGGUAAAAGUGGCUUUUCAUGGCCUAAAUACUUAGAACACUGUAAAGCUAAAGCAGCUCCAGUGAAAUUAUUCAAAGACCCCUUCCCUUAUACAAAAAAUGGCUUCCGUGUGGGUAUGAAACUGGAAGGAGUUGAUCCAGAACAUCCUUCAUAUUUCUGCGUUCUCACAGUAUCAGAUGUUCAAGGGUACCGUAUCAGGUUACAUUUUGAUGGAUAUUCAGAAAGUCAUGACUUUUGGGUUAAUGCAGACUCAAUGGACAUAUUCCCUCCUGGUUGGUGUGAAAAGAAUAACCAUACCCUACAUCCUCCAAGAGGUCAUACAACAGGGAACUUCAACUGGGCAAAUUACCUCAAGCAAAGUAAAGCACAAGCUGCACCUAGACAUCUUUUCAUGAAUAAAACUGGAAAUGCUGUUUGUCCUCAUGGUUUCCGAUUAGGAAUGAAAUUAGAAGCUGUUGAUCGUAAAAAUUCUUCUUUGGUUUGUGUUGCUUCAGUUUCUGAUCUAAUGGAUAAUAGAAUUCUGGUUCAUUUUGAUAGUUGGGAUGAUAUUUAUGACUAUUGGGCAGAUCCUACAUCUCCUUUCAUUCAUCCUGUUGGAUGGUGUGAAGAACAUGGUCAUGCCUUGACUCCUCCUAACAAUUACAAGGGCCAGCCAUUUUCCUGGGAUAGUUACUUGAAAGAAACAAAGUCAUCUGCUGCUCCAGCCCGAGCGUUUAAGCAAAGACCACCAUGUGGUUUUCGGAGGGGCAUGAAACUAGAAUGUGUGGACAAAUGGGUACCAAUGCUGAUAAGAGUUUGUUCCGUUGUGGAAGUAAUUGAUCACCAGAUUAAAGUCCAUUUUGAUGGAUGGCCAGAACAGUAUAGCUAUUGGCUUGAUGAUACAUCUCCUGAUAUUCACCCUAUGGGUUGGUGUCAGAAAACUGGCCAUCCUCUUGAACCACCUCUCACUUGGGAUGAGUCUACAAAUAAUGGUGAAUGUCCUACACCUGGCUGCAGAGGCUUAGGAAAUGUCAGAGGGCCCAAAUUUAUGACACACAAUACAGUAGCCAAUUGCCCAUAUGCUAUACAGAAUCUUCACAGAGAGAGUGUUAUUCCUGAUAGGCUUAUUGAGAAAGGAGAGAUAACUGAACGUAAAGAGAAUGUGUGCAAAGAAAUUGAGAAAAAAGAAAAAGAUGAUUGUCCUGUGCAGGAGAGUAAGCCAGUUGGUUUGGUUGUAAGGAGACCUGUUGGGCGACCUCCAAAGGUUCGCCGUGUGGGUGAAACAUCUGAAGAAAGCAAAGCACAAGCUCAGGAUCCUGAUUGGAGAAUUGAUGAUGAUGAUAAUUAUGAAAAAAGGAGAAAGAAAAGACGAAAUCUAUCAGGUGAACGAAGUAUUUCUCCUUCUAGCACUCAAGUUUCAAAUGCUUCGACUACUCCUCCAGCAGUUCCGGCAGGUCCAGAUUUAGAACAACUGCAGCAAGAGCUCCGUCAGUCAGUUAUUCAACCAGGUUAUGAACCUAAUCCUAACAACCUUAUGCCAUACCUCUGGACAAAACAUUCCCAGUACCUGAAUUCCUUCAUUGUCCAGCAUAAAGGUGCAGAUGCAUCUCAAUGGACGCAGGAUGAUGUAGUACAAUUUGUUACAUCUAUACCAGGUUGUGAAAACAAGGCAAAAGUCUUUAGUGAGCAGCAAAUUGAUGGAGAAGCGCUUUUAAUGAUGGCUCAAGAGGAUCUUGUUAAUGUGAUAGGCAUGAAACUUGGUCCAGCAAUAAAACUGUAUAACAGUAUUGUACUACUCCGUCAGAAAGUAAUUGGAGCAGCAAACAUCAUCGGCAUCAUUUUCUUUCGCUUUAGGGAAGCACAGAGUGACGUGCCUGAAUUUGUUGGUGUUAAAUUGCGUUUAUUGCAAGUCAAUUUUGUUUAUUUCGGCGUUUCUGUUCCGAAAAUUAAGAUGUCGCUGUAUCCCUCAUUAGAAGAUAUGAAGGUUGAUCAGAUGGCCCGGGCCCAAGUGCAGGCAGAAGCUGACUAUAUGUCUCAACAAAUGCCAGCUGCUGCACCUUUGCCAUACCCAGUGAACCCUUCUGCUCCUUCCAUGGGACCAGGUGUUGGUAGUGGCUUAUACCCAGCUCUCAGUGAAUUCAUGGGGCUUGAACUGUCAGAAGCUGCAAUUGCUGCUAACAUGCCUGAAUAUGCUGUGGCUGUACCCACUUCACAGGACCUAGUCACUGCAAGUGGGCCUUUGAUGGGGAUGGUAGCACCACUUUCUGGUCAAUCAUUGGGUCUUCAGCGAGCUCAGGUGACUCACGGCGUCAGAGAGUUGACACUCUGCAAAGAUGGUUCUGGGAAAGUUGGCUUAAGAGUGCGAGAUGUCAGCAAUGGAAUUUUUGUCUGUCUUGUUAUGAAAGAUUCCCCAGCUGCAAUUGCUGGCUUAAGAUUUGGAGAUCAAAUUCUCCAAGUUAAUGGCAUCACAGUGGCAGGAUUUUCAGCUGAUAAAGUACAUGAUUUAUUUCGGAAGAGUCCUGUAAAUGGAAUAUCUGUUGUGGUGAGGGACAGGCCGUUUGAACGCACUGUUACUCUUCAUAAGGAUAGCAUGGGUCACAUUGGAUUCCAUUUUAAAAAUGGGAAGAUUACAGGACUAGUCAAAGAUCUGUCAGCUGCUCGUAAUGGUCUACUUACUGACCAUCAUUUACUGGAGGUUAAUGGUCAAAAUGUAGUUGGAUUGAAGGAUAAAGAAAUUUCUGCUUUAAUUGACCAAGGUGGAAACAUCAUAACAGUAACAAUCAUACCAUCUUUUGUGUAUGAUCAUAUCGUUAAGAAGAUGGCAUCGUCCUUAAUAAAAGGAACUAUGGAUCACUCAAUUCCAGAAAUAUAAAUACAAGCAAUGUAUCAUUCCAGCUCUUUUAUCUAUCUAUUAAUUUUGUUAAUCAGUUUGUCUCUAUAAAGCAUUUUGUGUGCUAUUAUUUUAUCAUUAUAUUGCAUUGAUAUCCUACUGUGUAUUUGUCAGUGCACUGGUGCUCUAUGAAUUUGUUUUGUGAAGAGAUUUGGAAGGUCUGAUUAUGUGUGGAUGAAAUUGAGGAUUAAAACAAUUGUCUUUUAUUUUGUUGAUUUAUUGGCUGUGCUGUAAUAUAUUAUAUAACAUAAUGUUAGCAUUUGAUUUGUUUAAUAAUAUUUAAGGUCAUUAAUGGGUACUCUAUAAUUAAGUUAGAAUUGUAGCAUUUCAAGAACAUAUUAAUUAUCUGCUAAGAUGAUUUGAGUGCUACUGUUGAGGGGAUUUGGUACUAGUAUUAUACAUUAAAUUCCCUUUUUGUGAUUUGCCCAUAAUUUCUUAAACAUGAGAUCUGAACAUACUAAAGUUCUAUUAGGAUGAGUAGUUGGUGUAUUGCAAUAUAUUUUAUAAAUGCUGUUAUUGACCAACUAGCUGUAGCUAAUUCAAGAAAAUUUAUAGGGAUGAGCUCCCUCAUUUUUUUUAAAAAUUUUUGUUUGGAUUUAUGUUUGUACAUUUCUGAGCAUUGUUCCAUUACACAAAAGGGAUGUUAAAAUUGUGACAGAAUAUGUGCAGUAUUUCAACUUGCUCUUGCAGAGGAAUGCCAUAUCAUACAGGGUGGAAAUUUUUUGUGUGCCAUUAUUUUAGUCAAACCAUGUAUUAAUCCUGCAUUUAAAUGUUUGAUAUUUAGUUGUACUUAAAUUGUCUAAGACCUGUAAUCCCUUAAGCUUAAGAUGUUUCUACUAAUGUUCUAGUUGGCCUACAUACUCUUUAUGUGGCUGUAUUUGUAUUUCUUAUGCAAUAAAAUAUGUAUUUUGUUAAAUGAUUAUAUUCUUUUUCUUG